AUGGCUAUCUCAAAGAACUUACCAUUAUUAAAUAAUCACUUCAGAAAGCACUGGCAGGAAAGAGUCAGAGUUCACUUUGACCAAGCCGGUAAGAAAGUUUCAAGAAGACAAGCAAGGUUGAGAAAAGCAGCUAAAGUUGCACCAAAACCUAUUGAUACUUUAAGACCAGUCGUCAGAGCUCCAACUAUCAAAUAUAAUAGAAAGGUUAGAGCAGGUAGAGGAUUCACUUUAGCUGAACUUAAAGCUGUUGGUUUGACUCCAAAGUAUGCUAGAACUAUUGGUAUUUCAGUUGACCACAGAAGACAAAACAGAAGUCAAGAAACUUUUGAUGCUAACGUCUUGAGAUUGAAAGAAUAUAAAUCAAAAUUGGUCAUUUUCGACAAGAAGACAAAGGCUUCUGAAACAGCCUCAUAUGAACAAGUUUCAACUUCAGCAACUUUCCCAAUUGAACAGCCAUCUGUUGAAAAGGGUACUAGAGCCGUUGAAGUACCAGAAGAAUCUGCUUACAGGACUUUAAGAUUAGCUAGAAACGAUAAGAAAUUCAAGGGUGUCAGAGAAAAGAGAGCUAAAGAAAAGGCUGAGGCUGAAGCUGAAAAGGCUAAAAAAUAA